AAAAAAAAGAAAAAGAAAAAAAAAAUAUUUCUUAGGGUUCUGAUUCUAGGGUUUGUUUCUCGGAGUACAGAGGACGCGAAGAGGAUUGCUUUGUUGCUCGUCUCGGUCUGUUUCUUUGGCAGUCUGGAGGAACUGUUCUAUUUAUGCCAUGGCAAAUUCAAAAGGGUCUUCACAUAUUAGAAGUUUGCCAUACUCAGGAAAACAAUCACUGCUGCCUCCUAAAAGUCCCUUUCCGAGCAUUUCACCAUCCUAUGCUGAUUAUGGACCCAGUCCUGCAAUAGGAUCGAAAGGUAUUCCAAAGCAACGCGAGGGGCAUAGACACCACCAACGUACUUCCUCGGAGAGCUUUCUAACAGAGGAUCAACCUUCUUGGCUUGAUGAUCUCCUUAAUGAGCCAGAAUCACCUUUACGAAGGGGUCAUCGGCGGUCUUCAAGUGACUCAUUUGCCUACUUGGAUGCAGCUAAUGCUUUUAACAUGGAAAAUAUAGCUCAGGACAACUUUAAAAAUGCCACUUUGCCUAGUUGGGGAUCACUGGAAUUUGAUCCUUGCAAAGAGGCAUGUCAUGCUUCUUUCUACACGGAGCCAGCUUCUUUUGGGAGGCUGCAGAAUAGGUCAUGGGAUUCUUCUUUGAAUUCUAUUAACUACAUAAGUGGCCUUCUAUCUUCCAGGGAUAAUAUUGUAUGUCAAAGCUCUGUACAGUUAUCUGUUCCACAGGAAUUGGACAGGGUUCCGCCUUCAGCUACUGACAAGCAAGAACGGGGAGAAUCUGGGUCACACAAUCUAAAAGGUUCUUCUGAUAAGAGGGAUAACUCUUAUGCUAAGCCUUCUGCAUCAGAGACAGAUCCAAAGCGUGCAAAACAACAAUUUGCUCAACGUUCGCGAGUUCGGAAACUUCAGUACAUCGCUGAACUGGAAAGGAAUGUCCAAGCUUUACAGGUAGAAGGGUCUGAAGUUUCAGCUGAGCUUGGAUUUCUGGACCAGCAGAAUCUUAUAUUAAGCAUGGAGAACAAAGCCCUGAAGCAACGGCUUGAAACUUUAGCACAGGAGCAACUUAUAAAGUACUUGGAGCAGGAAUUGUUGGAGAGGGAGAUUGCAAGGUUAAGAGCCUUGUCUCAGCAGCAGCAGCAGCAGCAGCAGCAACCGCCACAACCAUCAUCAACUCAUCGCCGUGCCAGGAGCAGAGAUUUGGAUUCCCAAUUUGCCAACCUCUCUUUAAAGCACAAAGAGGCCAGUUCUGGUCAUGAUCCAGUCACUGGGCCACUCCAUAUUUGAUUUCAGAUAGAAUUUGUGCCAUAGUUUGUACCUUGCACUCCAUCAACGCUGGUGACUGAGGUAGUGUCUUUCAUGGAGAGGAACUGAGGGUAGCCAUCAGAAUGGGGCCCUGACGAGAACUAUUCCUUCCUAACAACCAUAUUGUGUUUCUGAUAUCUUCAUUUGUGCACCUGGUGGUCGUUGCUGGAGAAUUGAUUUGCUGGCAAGUGAUUCAUCGGAGGUGAUAACUUUGAUAAUCUUCUCCUCCCCCCCUUUAUUGUUUACAUCUGUACCACAAAGUGAUUCUAAUUCAUGAGUAGUCGCUUCAUGGUCAUGAUUCUCCAGAUGAUGAACUGCUUGUAUUGAUUGCUAAGAUAGUUUAUGACCUUGGGUUGGGGAUUUAUUGACUGUCAUGAGGGAAUGAGGGAUUGACAAUGGUUUGGCUGUGGAAGACUGUUUGCAUGGGGGCUUUGGCCUACGUUAUUUAUUAUUAAUUUUAUGUGUA